CUAGGAGCAACAACUACUUAAACAGAUUGAAAUGAAUUCUGGCGAAUCAUCAAACGAUGGAGAUGAAGAUCUCAAACAGCGCAGAAACCUCGAUGUGGCUACGACAGCUUCUCUUGAUCUGGUUGCCUUAAACAAUAAGGUUAUCUCUAUGAGGGGACAAAUUAAGAAGGUGAAAGUUCACGUAAUCCACAAGCUUACAAGACAAAUAACAGCACUGCAGAAGAAACAAAGGGGUCCAGAGAAGUUACUUGAGAAAAAUAAAAGAAAAGCAGAAAGAUUAGUAGAGGAAGUACAAGUCUUAAAAGACUUAAAACCAGACCGCAUAGCAAAAUAUGCUAUCGGACAUACCAUUUCUUUCGCAAAUGUUUGCAAAGAGCCAAAGGCCUCUUUGGAAACCAAGGCACUGGCUAGACUGACAGAUCACAAGAUUUUACAAGAUUCUGUGAAAGAAUUCCGCAGAGACCAUGAGGACUGGAUGUCUUUGGCAGCUUUUCUGAUGAGUCGAAAUUCAGGUCGAAGAAUCAAAAAACAAAAACAGAAUCGUGUUGACAAAAUCAUCACAAAUGUCAAAGCUGGAGAAGUCUUGGUGAAAUCUUAUUUACAGAAUCGACUGGAAGGAGAUGAAGAAGGUCUGGACAAAAUUCAGAAAAUAAAUACAGGGAAGAAAAGUUCAGACAAUUCAGCACAGGAAGCUACAGACAGUCCAGCUAAUCCAGGGUUUCCUGGAGAUGGAGGGGGCUCUGAUAUGGAAUCAGAAGAAGAGAGUGAGGAGACUUCUGAAGAGGAUUCUGUCCACAGCGAGGAAUUGUCUGAGAACGAGUCGGAAACACAGCAAACAGAGACACAUCACAAAUCAACAGUACAAACAGAUUCAUCUAAACCCAGCACAAAUAAAAUUAAACAGAUAAAAGAAAGUAAAAAAGAAGGAAAGCAGGAGAGCAAAAAUUCAGAAAUGGUAAUAAAGAAAUUAAACAUGGAUGAUUUGGAUAGUGAAAGUGAGAUACCAACCGAUUCCGUGCCUUCAUUUCUAACAGGAGAUGAUAAAUCAAAAUCCUUAGAUACAGAAGCAAAGAAACACAAAAAGAAAGAUGCUUUCUUUGUUACAAGUGAUGAUUCAGGUGAAGAGGAUGAAGAUGAUAAUCAAGAGGAUAGUUACAGGCUAAAGGGAGAUAAUGCAGAUGAUAGAGAUGAGGAGGAGGAACUGGAGAGGGGAAAACAUGCAUUUAGAUCUACAUUCCUCGGCUCACUGUCAGAAAGAGACUGGAGAAGAAGCACCAAAGAAAGGAAUGAGUCAAAAAAGGCAACAACAUCAAAACAUGUCUCAAACUUUCAAAAAAAUAAAAGGAAUAGGGGAUUUCCAAAUACAAAUCCUAAUCAAAACAAGCAAUUCAGGUCAAAAGAAACACAAGACACCACUAGAAAAGAAGACAAGAACGAAAAGUUACAUCCUUCAUGGAUUGCAAGCAAGAAACGAAAAGAGCAAGCACAAAUACAAACAUUUCAAGGAAAGAAAAUCAAAUUUGAUGACUAGUACCUGGUACAUUGUACUUACCAGAUUAGUAAAUGUCUGAUCAUUUAUUGUUACCCUGCCAAGACAGAGUUCUAGUAUUAGAUUU